AUGGGGAGAGAAAAGCGCGGCCUGCCCGCCGCCGUGGCAGGAGGCCCGAAAGAGAGACAUCGCCGAGCCCAGAGAUCUCAGUAUGAUCCUACGGCGCCUGUUCCACAAGGCUUUGUUGCCAAGCCAGCCAUACCAAAGACAAAGCAUCACUCAUACUUUGAGUUUGUGGAGAACAAAGACAAGAAGAAGAAGAAGCUCGAGUUUCAGAUCACCACCAAGAACACUCCCCCUCCUGGUUUCGAAUUUGUUCCUGCCGGCAACCCCGAACUAACUACAGCAUGCAAAGAGCUGUCCCGCGACAAAGAUGCCAUGAUCUUUAUAGUUUCGAACGCAAAAGACAAUACCACCAACACUCUAUCACAUCAGGUCCACCGGGUCGGUCAUCAUAUCAGAGAAACGAUUGUCGAGGAAGCCCGGGCCAGCUUAGGACACAUCCUGGACCGCACGCUCCCACCAACUGGUGGCUCACCCGAGCCUAUCCCAAAAUCUCAGGAAGAGUAUGAUGCGCAGGUAGAUGCCGCUUUGCGAGAUCUAUUCCCAAGGAUCCCCAACACCGACCGCCAGAUGAUUAUCGAACAUGCUUUCAGACGGGGCACAUCGUCCAAGACGGAAAAAGUAGGACUCUCAGCCGACAUCACCCUUGCCCGACGGGUUCAACUUGCAGUGCUCGCUCAUAUCCGCCAUACCCAUACCAGCGGUCGGGACCAGCUGGAUGAGAUCUUGCGGGAAGUUGUCGUCAUAUCCGACUCGGAGGAGUCCGGCGAGGAGACUGAUGAUUCGGUCGAAGAGGUCAUGCCUCAGCCUCGAUCUACUCUGACAAACAGACUCACAAGCAACAUCUCUGGCCAAGAUGGUCCUGGUCGUCGCCAAUCUCCCAGACUCAACCCGGGCGCCAAAGGCCCCAGCCCCUUUACUCCAGCCAACCAGAAGGCCAAGGUUAAGAAAGCCAAGCGAAAGACUUCGGCAGAGAGAAAAGGCCAACGCGGUUUCAAGAGAUAUCAAGCCUGGCAAGAAGCCCUUGAACGCUCCCGCGGAGAACCGGCCCCAGCUCCCCAAUCCCCCGUGGCACGAAGCCUCCCAUAUACACAUGUUCCGCCACCUACAGGAGCUCUUGCGCUCAGAGAUGAUGAGUUCCCGCCCGCUUCCCAGCUUAGGAUUGUUCCGGAAAGGGCCGGACCUGCGCCAAACGAGAAUGGCUAUGUUGGGAAACCACACCAUCCUCCGAGUAACCAGUUCAUGAACCCUGGACGUGAAUCCUUUUCUCCGGUUGCACGCAAGGUAAAGUCUCCCUUCAAUGAGUCAUCACCUGUCACCCGUCGACCGGUGUCGAGGAUUACCAGCCGCUUGCAAGACAUGCUGGUGCCAUCCAUUGAACCGGCAUCUCCCGAAGCCAUGAAGCCUUCUUUUAUACGUACAGUGCCGCCCAGACCCCAGGCAUUCAGGGAUGAGCUCCCUUUUGGUUCCAGGAUACAACAUCCAUCCACAGUUUCCUCUCCAUUGCGUGGCCUCAAUGUGAGAGAUGACCCAGCUCACAUAUCCCGCCCUGACCGCUUCGUCCCUGAGGACAGACCCUACGAUGGGCGUCUCAAUGGUCCUGGACAAGCCGUGCUGCAUCGCGAACAGGACUAUACCCCUCGCAAUGGAAGCCGUAUUGUUACUGCCCCCUUGUAUCUCUCUGACGCGAGGCCUGCACUACACACCCCUCCGGCCAUUGCUGUAAGUCGACGGCCUUAUGAGGAGGCCCCAAGACCAGGAGAUCGUGAAUCACCGAUCGUUAUGGAAGAUCGUGGCGGGUUCUACCAACGGGUCCCAGUCCGUGGAGAUGGAACCCGCCUAGCGGCCCAUGAUCCAGGAUUUGUCGAGUAUAGACGGCCUACGCGUGAGACUCGGAGGGUUGAGGAGCCUCGACCUAUUUCCUGGCACGAGGGGCCACGAGUCUUGCAUGAUAGUCAACACGGCGCGGGGGUUGAGGCAAUUGCCAUCACUCGUGCCCCUCCGUUAGAGGCCCGACCACGCCCUAUUUUGGUAGAGUCUCGUUCUGCGCCGUAUCUGCCAGCAGCCUCAGGUCCCCUCUCAGGUCCCCCCUUAGGUUCUUGGAGAUAUGUUGGGAGAGAGCCCCAUCUUCUUCACCAUGACGCACCCAAUUCAGAGGCUCGUCUUAUGAUGAGUGAUCACCAAGGAUUGAGACGCGAACCGUAUCGAGAGAUUCGGAUUGAAGAACAACCCCCAGAGGCUUUCCAGCAACGGGAGCCGAUGCAGCGACACUACGGGAGUCAACCACCACUUGCACCCAAUAAUGGCCGGACGCACCCUCUACAUCCACGGCAACCCGAGAACGUCAUCGUUCUCGAGUGA